AUGACAACAUCAUCUGAAACCCCACAAUCUGGAAUGUUUAAACCAACCGGAGAUAAUGUUGACCUAGCAUGGCAGUUUAAUAGUGUAAAAGACAAGAAUAAUAGGAAGAAGGUGACAUGUGAUUUUUGUCAAGUUGAAACUAGUGGUGGAAUUACUAGAGCAAGACAACAUCAAUUAGGAAUAAGGGGGGACGUAAAAAGCUGCAGAAAAAUACCACCAGAUUGUAAGCUAUUGUUGCAGACAGAUUAUGAUGAGAAACAAGCACUAAAAGAUGGAAUAUUAAAUGAGAUGGAAGUUCAAAUUGACGAUGAUGUUAAUGAUGAUGUAGCUGAAAUAAGGAGAAUUCGAAGUGGAAAAAGGGCAAUUGAAGCCCCUUUACCAGCUGCCAAGAAGACAAAAGGUCCCUUGGAUUUAAUGUUCAUGAAAAAAGCAGAACUCAAAUUGGGGGAAGACAAGAGACAAACAAGCAUAAUUGAUACUUGUGACAAAGAAGCAAGAGCAAGAACGGUACAAUACAUUGCUCGUUUUUUUUACACAAAUGGAAUUGCUUUCAAUGUUACAAGAUCAAAAAGCUUCAAGUUGAUGUUGGAAGCAGUUGGAAAUUACGGUCUUCAUUUGAAACCUCCAAGCUAUCAUGAGUUGAGGGUUCCACUCCUUGAAAAAGAGUUGGAAUAUACAAAGGCUUUGUUGAAUGGUCAUCAAUUGCAUCGCGCAAAAUACGGAUGCUCAAUUAUGUCAGAUGGUUGGACGGAUAGAAAGAAUAGGACUUUGAUAAAUUUCUUGGUGAAUUCCACAGCAGGAACAAUGUUUGUGAAGAGUAUUGAUGCUUCUGCCUACAUGAAGACUGGAAUUAAAAUAUUUGAGCUAUUGGACAAUUUUGUUGAGGAGAUUGGUGAACAAAAUAUUGUGCAGGUGGUUACUGACAAUGGAAGUAAUUAUGUAUUGGCUGGUAAACUACUAACUGCCAAGAGACCACACUUGUUUUGGACUCCGUGUGCUGCACAUUGUCUAGACCUGAUGUUAGAAGAUAUUGGAAAGAUUGCUAAGGUUAAAAUGGUUAUUCAAAAAGGGAUUAGUCUUGUUGGCUUCAUUUAUAACCACACAUUGGCGUUGAACAUAAUGAGGAAGAACACUGGCAAUGUUGAAUUGGUUAGACAUGGAGUCGCAAGGUUUGCUACCACAUUUCUUACUUUGCAAAGAUUGCAUAAACAAAAAACCAACCUUAGAAAGAUGUUCACUUCUGAAGAAUGGUUGAAGUCCAAGGCAGCUAAUGAUCCUAAGGGAAAGAAGGCAACUCGUAUUGUACUUUUGACAUCAUUUUGGAAUGAUAUCAUCUACACUCUUAAGGUUAUGGGACCUCUUGUACAAGUGUUAAGACUUGUUGAUAAUGAGAAAAAACCUGCAAUGGGAUAUAUAUAUGCAGCAAUGAUCAAGGCCAAGGAGGAUAUUCGAAAAGCUUUCAAUGAACAAGCAAGCAAGUACAUAGAUGCUACUACCUAA